GACUUUCUGGGACAAGUGUUUUGUACAUUGGGGGAGAUUGUUGGUUCACAGGGAAGUCGUCUGGAAAAGCCAAUAGUAGGAAUCCCAGGCAGGAAAUGUGGCACAAUCAUACUAACAGCCGAGGAGCUGAACUGCUGCAGGGAUGCUGUCUUGAUGCAGUUUUGUGCAAACAAAUUGGAUAAGAAGGAUUUCUUCGGGAAGUCAGAUCCUUUCCUCGUAUUUUAUAGAAGUAAUGAGGAUGGAAGUUUUACAAUUUGUCACAAGACAGAAGUUGUCAAAAACACUCUAAAUCCUGUGUGGCAAGCCUUCAAGAUCUCAGUCAGAGCAUUGUGCAAUGGGGAUUAUGACAGAACAAUCAAAGUAGAAGUGUAUGACUGGGACCGAGAUGGAAGUCAUGAUUUCAUUGGAGAAUUUACAACAAGCUAUCGGGAACUUUCUAGAGGACAGUCACAAUUCAAUGUCUAUGAGGUGGUGAAUCCCAAAAAGAAAGGAAAGAAGAAAAAAUACACUAAUUCAGGAACAGUAACCUUACUAUCUUUCUUGGUGGAAACAGAAGUCUCCUUCCUGGACUAUAUUAAAGGAGGGUAAGUUAUCUUCUAAAACUUGUACAGCAUUUCUUUGUGUAUAAGUGGUUGCCAUAACCACAGAAGCAACUGAGGACCACCUUUGGGUGUCAUAUAUACAUACAUAUGUAUAUAUAAUAUGUAUGCAUAUAUAAUUUAUUUAGUGUUAGCCUAUGUACUGGGACAGUGCACUUAUGCCACAGAGCCUACAUGGAGGAACUCAGAGGACACCCUGUAAGAAAUGGUUCUGUCCUUUCCCACUGUGGGCUGCAGGAGUUGAAUUCAAGUCCUUAGGCUUAGCAGCAGGCACAUUUACCCCCUAAGCCAUAAUAGUGGGCUCCCCUUUUAAAUAUUUUGAUGGCACUUUUAUUGCAGACCUUGACAGAAAAAGCAAGAUGCACAUGCCAUUGCAUUUUGUCUUAGUUAGGACUUCUGUUGCUGUGGCAAAAUACCAUAACCAAAAGCAACUUGCAGGGCAAAGAGUUUCCAAAGGAAGUUGGGUAGGAACUUUAACUUGGAGGCUGGAGCUAAUGCAGAGGCCAUGGAGGGGUGCUGCUUCCUGGCUUGCUCCUCAUGGCUUGCUCAGCCUGCUUUCUGAUAGCACCCAGGACCAGCAGCCCAGCAAUGGCACCACCCACAAUAGGCUGGACCCUCCCUCAUCUAUUACUAGGAAAGUGCACUACAGCCUGCCUAUAGCCUGCUGUGAUGGAGGUAUUUUAUCAUUUGAGGUUCCCGCCUCUCAAAUGACUCUAGCUUUUGUCAAGUUGACAUAAGACUACCAAGGACAGAUACUUUCUUCAAUUAAAGCCCUUUUUUUUAAAUUAAGAAAGUGUCAAAUAGGGCCAAAAAAAAAAAAAAAAAAAA